AUGAAGUUUCUGGGGCAUCUUUCGUUAGGUCUGCUCGGCUUCUAUUCGCUUGUGAAUGCGUUCAAUGGCAAUAUAAAACAUGUUUCUUCCCGAGACACAGGUGCAAACUCAAGCUCGGCGCUCGUGGACUUUCAAGUUUAUAAACCAGUUGAAUUUGACCCCGCAAGUAAAGGGUGCAGUCAGGUCCUUCUUUUGAUGGACCAUGAGUUUGCGUACAGUUAUGGAAAACCUUAUAUUGGAAAUUAUGUACCGCCUAAGUGCGACUUCGAUACUGUGCGGAUCAAUCUCACCGUCACAUCACAAGGGCGCCAAUUCGAUCGGCUCGCACUGAUGUAUUUGAACGACACGGAGGUAUUCCGUACUUCCACAGCAGAACCAACUACGAAUGGAAUUAUUUGGACCUAUAUUAAGGAAAUGUCGCAGUACCUUGUGUUGUGGAAGAGUCCCCAAAAGAUCAUCUUUGAUCUGGGCAAUUUGAUCGACAGCACAUACACCGGCCCAUUCAACGUGACCCUGACAGCAUCAUUUACCAAAGAAAACAACGGACGAGUGGCCGACGUUAUUCUUCCAAUAUCAUCUCGCCAAUCAGCGAAAAACGGUACAAGCGCAUUCACCGUCCCUCCCGAUAACGCUACAGUGAGCCUCAGCUUUCCGAAAAACGCGCAAAGAGCAGUUGUCUCGAUCUCGGCAUGCGGUCAAAUUGGUGAAGAAUUCUGGUGGUCUAAUGUUCUGUCUCAGGACGUUUGGGAUUUCAACUCUACAGUCGGCCAGUUGUAUGGGUAUUCUCCAUUUCGUGAGAUACAGCUUUUGAUUGAUGGGAAACUUGCUGGUGUUGUAUGGCCGUUCCCUGUUAUUUUUACAGGAGGAGUUGCUCCCGGUUUCUGGCGACCCAUCGUGGGCAUUGAUACCUUUGAUCUACGCGAACCAGAGAUUGAUAUCUCUCCAUUCUUGCCACUCUUGACUGAUGGCAAACCCCACACGUUCCAGAUUAAGAUCGUUGGUCUCAAUACCCCUUCUGAAGAUGACAUCAGCAUUUCCGAUACGGUGGGCUCGUACUGGGUUGUAACAGGGAAAGCCUUUAUUUACCUUGAUGAUGGCGAAAACUACAACAAACCACCAUCAGGAGUCCCUCCAACAAUCGAAACCCCGGAUCCUCGGUUUGGUUUCACUCGCAACUUAGUUUAUAACGCGACAAGUGGCCAAAACGAAACCUUGUCUUAUUCGGUCACAGUCCAUCGGGUCCUGAAGAUCACAUCUGGCCAAAACACAUGGACACAGAGUUUGUCAUAUUCUAACGACGGUUUUUUCAACCAAGACGGUCUCAGCCAAAGAAACAUUCAAAACACAACAGGGCUCUCAAUAUCAUCUGGCAUUGGACUAGAUGGGAAAUUCGCCGAGUAUUAUACGGCUUUCAGCUAUCCAAUCGAUGUAAAUACCACCUACGGCGUCGGAGCAAAUUAUACCACUAUUGACGCGAUCAUGGACCGCGGGCUGGAAAUAUCGUCCACUGGCGCCCUUGGUAUAUCCACUUAUACGCUUGUUUCUGGACCGAUGGACUUGCAAACACGCCAAUGGGGUGACGCUCACUACUAUGGUGUUACCGGUGGGCCUUCGUACUCUUCUGGCGACACAUCAGAUGAAUUUCACGAGACGUCUGACGGGUCGACUUUCAGCACCUAUGUGCAUGCUAUCAACGGUACAGUCGUGUCAGGUAAUGGACCUGCAAACUCUCCGUCGCUGAUCGUGCAGGGCAAUCAGUAUCCCUCGGGUGGACGGCCUAGCAUUAGGAGUAUUAUUGGACGCGGCCCAGACAAUUGA